CUUUAUCUCAACAACAUAUCUCUACACAAAGAAAAUUAAUAUCAACUCAACAACCGCAGAACCUCUUGUAAAAGUUACUACACUAAAGCUUCACUAUGUCUUCUAAAGCCAUAGACUUGACUGAUGCCUCGCCACCGAUAGCAAGCAUACCUUCUCCUUCGGUAAAAAGAGAGCAGACUCUACCUAUAGCUACUGUCCCUAGGGAGCAAGUAUCAGAGCAAAACUCCUACUUUCUAUAUAAGAAGGAGUGUCGUCUAGCCUGGAUUAAGUACCUAGGUCUCCUGGGAAAGGUCAAGCUCCGUAAGGGCCCUGACAGGCUCCCAUUUUUUAUUGGGAUGCCGCCCGAACACUUGACUUUCCAGGUCGAUGCAGAAAGAUUGGCUGUAAUCCAGCAAACAGCAAUGAGCGACCCCCGCAACUCGCUGAUCACUCUGGGAACCGUUUUGAAGACCCUCCGAGACCGCCCUCGGCAUACCCAUAUCGCAUGGGAUGCUGCAAUCAACGUUUUCAUCGAAGAUCGGGACCAAAUCAAGCACUGGGAGAGCGCGAGCUCACGAAAUCCCGUGAUUCUCCUGCAAUCGACUCAGGCAUCAUCCGGGCAGACUCCUGUGCACAAAGUGAUUCAGUCUGCGAUGAAUCGUUUGGUCGGUAUCAGAACUCAAGAAGACGACCCACCCAGUUGUCCUGGAUACGUUCUCCCCAUGGCCUCCUUCGAGAGGGCCGUAAUGAAUGCCGAGAAGGCGAAGGAUGACAUCCAGCGCAGGCAAUGGGCUGACAUGUCCCUACGCUCGCUGCGCAAUUUUAUGGACGCACAAAAGAACGAAGCAGUCAUUGACAAAAUGGUGGAGUUUCAAAAGCAUUACGAAGCUUUGGCGGCUGUUGGCUCGAAGUGA